UCUCUUGACUGUAACUCACUCACCCACUACUCAAAACCACAAUGUCCCUCCGCACGUCGCUCCUCCGCGCAUCGAGGGCCAUCGAGGCGCCGCUCAUGGCCCGCAGCGUCGCGCGCCCCGCGUUCGCCGCCUCGUCGCCCAUUGCGUCGUCGUCGCGUCUCGGCCUCCGCAUGUACUCGGACGCCAAGAAGCCCGAGGACUCCAAGCCUGUUGGACCGAGCGCAACAAUGCAGGAGGAUGUGCGCGCGUCUGCGCGGACCAAGGACCGCGAGGCUGUCGGUCCCUUCACGUUCAAGGCGGCCGCCCUCUUCAUCGUCACCGGCGUCGGACUCUACAUCUACUUUACCAAGGAGAAGGAGAAGGUCCAGAAGCGGCGGCAGGAGGAACUCGCGAACAAGUCGGUCGGCCGUCCCCAGAUCGGCGGCCCCUUCCAGCUCACCUCGCACGAGGGCAAGCCCUUCUCUGAGCAGGACCUGCGGGGCAAGUGGACGCUGAUCUACUUUGGCUUCACCAACUGCCCCGACAUCUGUCCCGAGGAGCUGGACAAGAUGUCCGAGGUCGUGACGGCAGUGGACAAGAUCAAGGGGCCGAUCGUCACCCCCGUGUUUGUGAGCGUUGACCCGGCGCGCGACACGGUCGAAGCGGUGCGCCACUACGUGUCCGAGUUCCACCCGCGCCUGGUCGGCCUCACGGGCGACUAUGACGCCGUCAAGCGCGUGUGCAAGUCGUACCGCGUCUACUUCUCCACGCCGCCAGAUGCCAAGGCGACAGACGACUACCUCGUCGACCACUCCAUCUUCUUCUACCUCAUGGACCCGCUCGGCCAGUUUGUCGACGCGUUCGGCAAGGCCACCACCCCCGCCGAGGUCGAGGCCAAGACGCUCGAGGCGAUUGGCAAGUGGGAGGCCGCGGGCGGCAACAAGGGCGCCGGGCUCGAGUAGGGCCAGGACACGACAGACUAGAAUAGACGGCCAGUGCGUCACCGGCUACACAUAUGCAUCACUCAUUACUCUUAG